ACUCUGAGCCGUCGUCCAUCGAGGUACGCCCGUCACUAUACGUCGUUUCGUUCACCGAACGAGAAUUCCGGUACCGAAGCCUCGUUUCUAUUCGCCGACGAUCGAUUUCUAUGGAAAGAUCACACCUUAUGAGGCACCGUGCCGCGUUGUUGCGAGUUCAACUAGUACGAAUAACUGGAACGGUCCGAAACGUGCGUAAAUAUUCCUUUACCCGUGACGACACGUUUAAAAGCUAGAAUUCUCGGCCUUAUUUCACAUGAUAAAAUAAAAAUAUCACGAUGAUCCAAACGAAAUUCUAAAAAAAAAGUGUCGAAACAUAUGCGUAUAUUUAUCGAAUAUUCGAAAUAUUCGAAUACGUGUUGUUUAAAGAGAAUAGGUAGAAUUUCAAAUAUGUGCAAUAAAAUGGACGAAUCAGCAAGAAAUUGAUGAGGUUAUUCAAAAAAGGAGAUGUUCCACGGAUAAUGGACAUGGUGAGGGAAAAGCCGAGACCCCGAAGUGUGAGCGAAAUGCUCGAUUGGCGAUGUAUUGUCAGAAACAAAGGCGACAUAGGUACUGACGACACGUGCGUGAACGUGCCCUUUCUCGAGGACUAUGAAAAGGAUCCGGAAAUGCGUCGCCGGAAACGUUCCGGUACUUGGCCGAGAACAAGAAGUUUAAACGCACCUAGUCCGAUUCAACAAUUUGGGCCAUGCGGACGCAUCAUGAAGAAUUCUGCGAUGGUGAUGACCAUACAAGAUCCAGCCUCCCAGAGGUUGACGUGGUACAAGCCACCGCUCACUGUUCUGGUUAUCAAAAAAGUCCGGGAUUCCUCGGUACUGCCACCAUUUGUACAAUUAGUUACAUGGCUAAUAGAAGAAAAACGGAUGGUAGUAUUCGUAGAGGCAUCAGUCCUGGAAGAUCCAGCCUUGGCUAGGGAUCUCAGAUUUCAAGAGGUUCGAGAUAGGUUACAGACUUUCAGAGAUGGCACGGAUGAUCUACAGGAUCGUAUCGAUUUCAUUGUCUGUCUGGGAGGCGAUGGAACGCUUCUCUAUGCAAGUUUGCUAUUCCAACAAUCGGUACCUCCAGUGAUGGCAUUUCAUCUUGGUUCCUUAGGAUUCCUCACGCCUUUCGAAUUCGAUAAUUUUCAAGAACAAGUAACGAACGUAUUAGAAGGUCACGCGGCUUUGACCCUGAGGAGUCGACUGAAAUGUAUCAUCAUGCGAAAAGGAGAGGAGAACAAGGAGACAAAACCGCCACGAACGGAAUUACUGGUGCUGAACGAGGUCGUAGUCGAUCGAGGUCCGUCCCCAUAUCUCUCAAACAUCGACCUCUUCAUCGAUGGUAAACAUGUGACCAGUGUACAGGGUGAUGGCCUGAUCGUAAGCACGCCGACCGGGUCUACGGCGUAUGCUGUUGCGGCUGGAGCCAGCAUGAUUCAUCCUUCUGUACCUGCGAUCAUGAUUACACCGAUCUGCCCUCACUCUUUGUCCUUCAGGCCGAUCGUUGUGCCUGCCGGCGUCGAAUUGAAGAUAAUGGCGAACAGCAGUGCUUGCAACACAGCUUACGUCUCCUUCGAUGGUCGCAAUCAGCAAGAACUACGUAUCGGGGAUAGUUUAAAAGUAACAACAUCUAUCUAUCCAGUGCCCAGCAUUUGCGCUGCCGACCAAAUUACCGACUGGUUCGAUUCACUGGCAGAGUGUUUGCACUGGAACGUUCGCAAGAAGCAGAAACACUUGGAUGAACUGAGCGACUUGACUCAUUCAUCUAGCAACGAUACGCUAGAUUCUCUCGAUCGUGAUAGCUAGAUCAGGCAAACGAGUCAUAGACUGAACCAAUACAAUCACUUAUACAUCAAGCCCUACAAAUAAUUAUGUUAAAUCAUUUAACGAAUCGAUAAUCGAUUAAGGUUCGAUAAAAAAAAUCAAUGACUCAUUGCGCACGAUGCACGAAAAGGGCAAGUUGUAUAACUUGUGUUCUAACUUGUGUUCGUUCUGUCAUAAAAACAGAAGAGAAUGAACUCGUCUAGUAAUUAUUAAAAGAACUGAAAUAUCGUACAUGGAGGCACUAUUAACGCGAUUUACAGUUCAGCAGAACUCGAAGUUCUCAAAAGAAAUAAUAAUAUUUCGAUACGUUCAAAAGUAAAUGCCGGGAUUGUUCGUCUUCACGAAAUAAAAGAUUGUAAAGACUUGUGGCUAUAAUCUGUGCAUUGAAAAGCACAACAGAAGUGUUUUCUAUGUCCAACGCAUAAUUCUACAGUGAUAUUUCACUCUAAUUUGCAAAA